GUGCUUGGCUGUCCUGGAGCCAGUUUGCUCAGUCUGAGGAUCUUUGAGGUUACUGGGGCAGUAUGCAUGCUCUGCUUCUGCUCCUCUCCCUGUUCCUGGCCCGGCCAACAGGAGCAGGAGCACUGAAUGACUCUGUUUUGCCCUUCAUGGAGUACCUAGAUCCGGACCGUAAUGUCAGCCUGAAGUGGGGCUUCAACGACGCCCAGGGAACCAUCACCUUCUCUCUGAGCAUCAAGUCAACAGGGUGGGUGAGCCUGGGCUUCAGCCCAAACGGCGGCAUGGAAGGGGCAGAUAUUGUCAUGGGAGGAAUUGGACCCGGUGGAGCCUACUUCACGGAUCGCCAUGCCACUGGAAACAUUCUGCCUGUGGUGGACAAGCAGCAGAACUACACUCUCCUGUCUCUGACUGAGAUUGAAGGUCAAACCACCAUGACAUUUCAGAGGGCCAUUCAGUCAUGUGAUGACGAUGACUUCCAUAUCACUGCUCGCCCCAUUAAGCUGAUCUAUGCCUAUGGAACAAAUGAUGAGCUUAAUUACCACGGGAAGCGCAGAGGCACCAAGGAGAUCAACCUGCUGAACUACAUGCCCAGGAUCACCUUGCCAAGCACCGACUAUCUCACUAUCACUGUGGACAAUAUCAACAUCCCUGCCACCCAUACGCACUACCACUGCAUGGUCAUGAAGUUACCAAAGCUGAAGGGAAAACAUCACAUAUAUCGGAUUGAGCCAAUUAUUGAGCACCAUGAUAUUGUUCAUCACAUGCUGCUGUAUGGGUGCCCUUCCUUUGUGAAUGAAACCUACAACGGGCCGUGCUACAGAGGCGACACAGGGGACCACUGCUUCCGAGUGGUGGCCGCCUGGGCAGUGGGAGGAGGGGUGUACGAGUUUCCAGAGAAUGCUGGCAUUCCUGUGGGAGGUGAGAGUGGUGAUACAUUUUACAGGCUGGAAAUCCACUACAAUAACCCAGCCAGAGAGGAAGGCAGGAGGGACAGCUCAGGACUGAGGUUGUACUACACAGCGCAGCUUAGGCAGCAUGAUGCCAGUGUCCUGACCACAGGCUUGCUGCUGCAGGGUAAUUUGGACUACAGCAUCCCUGCAAAUGCUACUCAGUUCCACACCUACGGCAUGUGCAAUACCUCUCUCUUUUCCAAGCUUGAGGACGCCCCUGUGCCUGACCUGCAUGUGUUCGCCUUGGAGUUACACACCCACUUAGCAGGGAGGAAGGUCAGAGUGGGCCACUUCAGAAAUGGAACACAGAUUGAUUUCUUGGCCUUGAAUGAGAACUACAACUUUGAGAUGCAGCAGAUCACCAACUUGGGAAACAUCAAGACCAUCAAGCAGGGUGACAACAUUGUUGUGGAGUGCACCUACAACACUGUCAAUCGCACAGGAGACACAAAGAUGGGGUUGGCAACUACUGAUGAGAUGUGUCUGGCCUUCUUAUUCUACUACCCUGCAAACAACAUCGAUACUUGUUGGAGCCACCCGACCACACAUCUGUCAGACAUGGCAGACAGCCAACUGCUUGAGGAGAUACAAACGUCAGACCAGGAUCCUAUCACUAUGUAUGAGGGCUUGCUGAAGUCCAUACCACAAAUUCAGGUUGUCUCUGAUGUCCAUAGUAACAUGUCAUGGUACCCAAAAGGCACAAUGAUGGAUAUGAUGAAAACACCGUCUGUCAAUUGUCAGAUGAUGGAAGCCACUUCUGCCCCAAAUAGCAACCCAACUUUUGGGAGAGCCUCUGGGAGACUCAGCACGUCCUGGGCUGUGACCCUGACCGGACUGUUGCUACUCUGGGCUGCACUGAUGUGAAGUGCCAGCAGCAGAAUCCAUUCACAGCUAUAUUGAUCAAAGAGGGCACACACAUUGUUUUGAUUGUUUUAUUUUUUACAUUAUUGUUUUAGUAUAAACUGGUAAUUGGGCCUGAAAACCUUCUUAUUUAGGAAGGCUUUUAAUUGUUAGGGGUAGGAGAGAGGAGAAGACGCUGGCGUCUGUUUGUUCGCCGCUUCUCCAUCUCCGAGUUUUUAAUCUUGCUGAUAUUUACUGUUUUCUAUUUUCUUUACUUGUUUUUUACCUGUAGCACUUUGAGAUUUUCGAAUGAAAAGUGCUUUACAAAUAAAAUCUAUUAUUAUUAUUGUUAUUUGUGGUAUUCUGAU